AUGGCCACAUUAUCCUCCCUUCCGAACGAGCUCCUGGCCAUGGUCGCAACGUUCCUGGACAACCAGAUUGACGGCCUCCAUCUCGCAAACUGCUGCCACCGAUUUCGCGAUCUGUUGCUUCCUCGGGUACUCUCCUCAAUCGAGGUCUUAGGUCGUUGCGACUAUAUCCUCAACUCGGUAGUUCACUUCUUCAUUCGGAACCCAGAUUUCGCGAAAGCCGUCCGCUCCCUGGCCCUCAUUGGCCGUGGUACUUGCAGACACAACCGAAAGCUCGAAUUCGACGAGGUUGCGAUGGAUAACGCACUUCAGGACAUUGAUGAGGGCGGUGCGGACAUUUCAACCUGGGUACACAAGUUAUCCCGAGAAACAACUUUCAAUCAUUCUUAUGAUGGAAAAGGGAAGGAAUGGCAGACGAUGUUACUAAUUGUCUUGCCAAAUCUCGAGAAACUGGAAGUCGAUUGGGACAUGGCUCAAUUGCUGGAGGCCAGCAUUCUAGAGCGGGCGUCAUGCUUGAAGCAGUUGUUUCAUGGUAGCCCGGUUCUUGCUCGUCUGAAGGAAGUAAGUAUCCCAUGGCAGCAGAACUCAACUAAACCAGUGCACGUACGGGAAAUACUGCCCUUUUUCAUGUUUCCAGCCAUGCGAAAAUUCCGUGGUGAUCUAUUUACCGACAAACUGGAACCGACCCACGACCUUAUCCAAAAGCCGGGCUAUUCAAACGUGACGCAUAUUCACUUACGGUACAGCAGACCCGCAAGGGGAUUUGAGAGCCUUAUACUGGCGUGCAAGAGACUGGAGUCCUUUAUACUUGAGAAAGCAUAUGGGGGGGUUCAGGCCGGAUUCGAGAGCAAUGUUACUGCUCUCUACCGGGCACUUCACGUUCACAAAGACACAUUAGAGAGAAUGGUCAUCCACCUCGUUUGUGGCUGGCCUGUAAGCUUUCUAAUGGAUGAUUUAUUCUUCGGCACGCUGCAUGGUUUUGCUGUUCUCAAAGAAGUGAAUCUUAGUGUGCUCAACAUCCUGGACUGGGAUCAUGAACAGAGAUUGGCAAGAAACAACCUAUCCCAAGUCUUGCCGGCUUCCCUAGAGACUCUGGCAAUUAGGGAUUCUCAGCACUGCCCAAACAUCUCGGAGUUCCAAAAUCAAAUCACGGACAUGGUUAGAGCCAAAACUAGCGACUUCACUCAGUGGACUGAGUUGGAAAUCAUCGGCUGUUGGUGCGAUUCGCAAGAAGAGGAGCAGUCAUUUUUCCCGCCAUUGAGUGAGGAAAUCAAAAACAUGGACAGGUUGCUCGGGCCUGCCUGUAGAGGCAGCGACAUUCAUUUCAAUCUGAGGAAUAGCUUUUCCAAACCACAUGGCUUACUCCGUGAUAUCAGGGAAAUGGUAAUGUGA